CCGAUCUCAUUAAUCAUCUGACUGCAACAACAAGUGCUGUGUAUUUAUUUUGAUAGAAUAAUCGAUAAUUUACAACAACAAUCUACAACCAUGAAGCUGGAUUCAAAUAACAAAAUGAUUAGUGGCGAUAGCGGGACGGAGACGCCGGAGGAAGUGAGCGACCCGCGCCAAAACGCUGAAGACAUAAUCGACGAGAUCCUAGCAGAGUUUACUGACUCGCGGAGUCCGGACGCGAGAAACGGGAACGGCAUUCCUGAGAGCCUGUUCAACAUGAUACAGCCUCCGAGGACGCGCACACCGGCCAACUCCCUCUCCGAAACAGCCACGAUAGAAGAAAUAGACCCCGCUUCGGAUCUCGGAACGUCCAUCCGGAAUAAGUGCUUAGAGUUAGAGGAGAUUCUUCAGAGCCUAAAGUCGCGAUUAAACCACGUCGUACUCGACGAGAAUAUCGUUUUAAGCCCGGACGCGAACUCAAUGGAAGCGCAACUCGAACACGACUUGGACACAGACUGCCAGGAAGAUUUGUCUUUGCAGGAGUUUUUGGAGCUUUUACACUCCCAAAACAAAAUCAGUACAAGUGGCGUGCAAUGAUUUGAUAAAUUGUAUUCUGCAGGUUUUUAAAUUAGUUUAUUGAAAUAUAAAAUAAAUAUUGAGUCUAUGUUA